AUGUUUGGUUUUAUUUCCGGCUAUGAAAUUAAUACUUUUAAAAAUUUAUUUAACUUAGAAUAUAAAGAAGAAAGUUUCAAAAAAAAUAUUUAUUGUAGAACAAUGAAAUAUUUUAAUUGUGAAGAAAAUUCUAUAGUUGAUUUAAAUAAUUUGAGUAGCUUUAGAUUUGGAACUGUUUAUUUUGAUCAGAAAAUUAACAUAUCUUUCUUUAUUAUUUGUAGAAAAUCUGAUCUUGAAAAUGUAAUUUAUGAUUUUAAAUAUUUGAUUAAAAAUGGACUUAAUUGUUAUUAUAUUUACAAAAAUAAUAUAAAUGCAAUGUGUAAUUCUUCAUUUGUAUCCACAAUUUUGAAGGAGCUAGAAUCUAAAUACAGUGAUUUUAAAAUAUUUUUUGAGGUUUAUAAAAUAAAGGAUUAUUUUCAUACAAAAAGUUUAAAUACAUUAAUAUCUAGACUUAAUCAGAUUAUUGAUUUAAAUAUACUAAAUGAUUUCGCUAUUGAUUUUUGUUUCUCAAUUUUCGGAAAAUCAAAUGAAGAAACAUUUAUGAUUAAAAAUAAUAUUUAUAAAACAAAAUUUAUAAAUAAAUAUUUCUGCAAUGCAGAUUUUAAAUAUUGUAAUUAUAAAAAGAAUUUCUAUUUUUUUGAUGUCAAAUACAAUUUGAUUAGUCUUGUUUGUGGUUUGUUUAAAGUCGAUUUUUAUAAUUCUUUUGUAAAUAAUUACAUUUCACCAAAAGAAAGAAAUGUAAUAGUACUCUAUUUGUCUUUAUCUCUCAUCAGCAAAUUUUUCAAUUUCAAUAUUAAUGAUGAGAAUAAUACAAUAAGAGAAUAUUUAAAUGAUUAUAUCAAAGUAUUAGAUGAUUUAAAUUAUUCUGAUAUUGGUAAAAUAAGCUUGCAAAUAGAAUUUUCAAUAAAUGUAAAAAACAUUUUUGAUGUCAUUGUUGUGCUUUAUACUCUUGUUUGUGAUGAUUUGAUUUGUUCUGAAAUAAAAACAGUAAUAUAUGACAGAUACAAAAGAUAUCUUUCCAACUUUAUUAGUGAUGCUAGAUUAAUCAGUAGUCUUAUUAAAAUAAAAUUUAACUCUAAUUUUACAAAGAAGAUUUUAGAGAAUUUUGAAAUUUUUAAAUACGAUAGUAAAUACUAUAAAGAAUUUUUGAAUAAUAACAGCUGUUUUAAUAUAAAAUUAAGUUUUUUAAUUCAUUUAAUUAUGACUGAGUAUUGGUUUAGAGAAUUUUUUAUAAAAGGAUACAAGUGUAUAACUCCAUUUUCAUCUGAAUAUAAAAUGAUCUAUACCCAUACAUUUGAAUAUAUCCACUAUAACAAAGAAACAAUGAGAUGCCUGUUUUCAUCUAAAGAAUCACUUAACGAUACUUUAAGAGUCUUAAAAUUAAUCAUGACAAAAUGCAGAAAUUUUAAAUCAUUUCAUGAAAAAGGAUUAACACAUUUAGAAUAUUUAGAAAUUUUUUUAGAUUUUGAUAAUUUACUUGAAUAA